AUGGCCAAGCUCAAGCGCCUCAAAUAUGUGCUGAAAACUUGGAAUAAGGUCACGUUCCGUAAAGUGGAGGUCAUGUUGGCUGAGUAUCAACAGGAGCUUAUAGACAUUCAGCAACAUAUUUCGGUCGAAGGUUACACGGAUGACCUGUUCAACAGGGAGGUGCAGUCCGUGAGUGACAUUGUUGAUGUGGAGGCUAUUCUUGACCCGGUUGUUACGGACAUUCAUAAUAGAGUUUUAUGUCGUAUUCCUGAGGAUGAGGAGAUUACGGCUGCCGUUUUUGAUAUGGAUGCGCUAAGCUCGCCCGGUCCGGAUGGUUUCUCUGGAAAGUUCUUUCAGGUUUGCUGGGCUGUUGUGAAAAAGGAUGUGCUUAAAGCGGUGCGUGCUUUCUUUGAGAAGUGCUAUCUUCCUUCAGGUUGUAAUGCUAACACCUUGGUUCUCAUUCCGAAGAAGGAUACGAUCUCCACUGUUAAAGAUCUUAGACCUAUUGUUAUGUCUAAUUUCUUCUUCAAGAUUAUUUCCAAAGUCUUGGCUACUCGCUUGAGCGCGAUUGCUGCUGAUACUGUCACUCCCAAUCAGUUUGGUUUUAUCAAAGGACGGUCAAUUCAUGAUUGUAUUAUGUUGGGCUCCGAGGGUGUUAAUUGCAUGAAACGUUCGCAUGGUGGCCGUAACAUAGCGUGCAAGAUUUAUAUUACAAAGGCUUUUGAUACUCUUCGGUGGGAUUUCCUUCUUAAUGUGCUCCGGGUUCUUGGUUAUAAUGCAUGGUUUAUCCAGUGGAUUGAGGCUUCGACUGCCAAUGCUCAAACUAUUAAGAAAAUUAUGACUUAUUAUGGGGAUAUUUCUGGUCAGAUUUGCAGCAUGGAGAAAUCUAGUGUCUACUUCGUGGACAAAAUUCCCGCUCAUGAACAGCGCGCCAUCAGAGGGAUUCUCCAGUUCGCUCGGGGCACCUUUCCGUUUGUCUAUUUGGGGGUGCCUAUUUUUUUCGGUCGUGCUCGGGCCAAUCAUCUGAGAACUAUUCAUGAUCGCAUCAUUAAUAAAUUCUCUCGAUGGAAAGGAGCUCACCUUUCUAUGGCUGGUCGUCUCUGCCUUAUCAAGUCUGUCAUACAGAGUUCGCUAACUCACUCUAUAAUGGUUUACCGUUGGCCUCGUGCGCUUCUUGAAGAGUUGGACAGAAAGUGUCGUAAUUUUCUAUGGACGGGCAACAUUCAAAAAGCGGCGACCUGCACUGUCAGCUGGGAUAGGGUCAGCGCUUCUUGGGAUGAAGGAGGGCUUGGAGUUCGUCCUUUUGGUAUUUCGAAUAGAAGUUUUCUUAUGAAAUUAGCUUGGAAGAUUAUUAAAGGUGUGGAUUUUGGCUAUGAUUUGAUGCACACGCGUUAUCUUACGGCUCAUAGUCGAAUCCGCACUCGUACUGCCUCCUCUUCGGUGUGGCUUGGUGUUCGUGAGGAGAUUGAGGACAUUGUUGAUAACACUUAUAAUCAUGUUGGCUCUGGUCACCUCACUAAUUUCUGGCUUGAUGACUGGAUGGGCUACUCUAUAGCUGCCAAGUGCGGUGCUCCCCCUUAUUUACUUUUCUCCCAGUCUGUUGCGGAUUACUUCUUUGAGGGCAUAUGGCACUUUACUCAAGAUUUUGUCAACAAUUUUCCGGAAAUUGUUUGCGACAUAUUGCUCACGCCUAUUGGGGAUGACGCUGACACAAGAUUUUAG